GCGCUGGGUCCUGGGUCGCGCGGGCUCGACGUGUGUUGACUAAUUAGCUGGUCCCGUGGGAGCGGUUGGGUCGUUACCCAAGAGGGAGAAAGAGAGAGCGCGAAAGAGAGAGGAUGUCUCUCUCAGAUUGGCACCUGGCGGUGAAGCUGGCUGACCAGCCACUUGCCCCCAAAUCUAUUCUUCGGUUGCCAGAGACAGAGCUCGGCGAAUACUCACUGGGAGGCUAUAGUAUUUCAUUUCUGAAGCAGCUCAUUGCUGGCAAACUCCAGGAGUCUGUUCCAGACCCCGAACUGAUCGAUCUGAUCUACUGUGGCCGGAAGCUAAAAGAUGAUCAGACCCUUGACUUCUAUGGCAUUCAGCCUGGGUCCACAGUCCAUGUUCUGCGCAAGUCCUGGCCUGAGCCUGAUCAGAAACCGGAACCUGUGGACAAAGUGGCUGCCCUGCGGGAGUUCCGGGUGCUGCACACUGCCCUGCACAGCAGCUCCUCCUACAGGGAGGCGGUCUUUAAGAUGCUCAGCAAUAAGGAAUCUCUAGAUCAGAUCAUUGUGGCCACCCCAGGCCUCAGCAGUGACCCCAUUGCUCUUGGGGUUCUCCAGGACAAGGACCUCUUCUCUGUCUUUGCUGAUCCCAACAUGCUUGAUACGUUAGUGCCUGCUCACCCGGCUCUGGUCAACGCCAUUGUCUUGGUUCUGCACUCGGUGGCAGGCAGCACCCCGCUGCCGGGGGCCGACUCCUCUUCCCGGGGCAUGCCCUCCAGCUCGUACCGGGAUAUGCCAGGUGGCUUCCUGUUUGAAGGGCUCUCUGAUGAUGAGGAUGACUUUCACCCAAGCGCCAGGUCCACGCCCUCGAGCAGCACACCCAGCUCCCGCCCAGCUUCCCUGGGGUACAGUGGAGCUGCCGGGCCCCGGCCUAUCACCCAGAGCGAGCUGGCCACCGCCCUGGCCCUGGCCAGCACUCCAGAGAGCAGCUCUCACACGCCAACUCCUGGCACCCAGGGCCAUUCCUCAGGGACCUCCCCAGUGUCAUCCGGCGUCCAGUCAGGGACGCCCAUCACCAAUGAUCUCUUCAGCCAAGCUCUACAGCAUGCGCUGCAGGCGUCCGGGCAGCCCAGCCUUCAGAGCCAGUGGCAGCCCCAGCUGCAGCAGCUGCGUGACAUGGGCAUCCAGGAUGAUGAGCUGAGCCUGCGGGCCCUGCAAGCCACUGGGGGGGACAUCCAAGCGGCCCUGGAGCUCAUCUUUGCCGGAGGAGCCCCAUGAACUCCCUGCUCUUCCUGAGCCCCCAGCAAACUGCCAAGGCCGCUGCCCAUGGGAAGCACUCUGGAAGGUGCCCCAUCCCUCCUCUCCCCAAUACACCUGAUGGUCGACCUUCUGCUUUGCCCAGUGCUUGGCCUUUCUGGCUGAUGUGAGCUGGUAGAGGCAGUGGGGCAAGCAUGGUGUGCAGGUUUUGGUGCCGUGGCAUCAGGGAGCACAGCUGGUCCCUGCUUCUGGGCCCUGGGUGGAGAAUUUUAGAUCCACAUCCUGAGAUGCUGCGUGAUGCCCACACUGGUUUUUUGGCAGAAGUUUCCAGUGGUAGCCCCCAGAACCUUUGGUGCUUUGGGUGUGGCAUCCUCAGGAUGUGCCCAAGGACUGCUGCCCAGUCUCCAUGUGGCUGCUGUGUUACAGCUGUGGCCAGAAGAGGCUGUGCUUCUGAGGUGACCGGUCUCAGGAGGGGCCAGGUGGACUUCCGGAGCAGCAGGUCGGGGAAGCUCACCCUCCACAUCGCUCCCUCUCCCAAAGGCUUUCAAAAGAUUCCUUGUCCCUCCCCUGGCCUAGUCUCACCAGGCACUGUUUGAUGCCUGUUCUGUAAUGAUGCCAGAAUCCAGGCCUCAGAGCCGUGCCAGGAGGCAGGGCCCUCUUCUCUCUCCUGAAAGCGUAAAUACAAGAGCAGUUAAAUAACAAUACUAAACAACACCAACACAAACAGGGCCCAGCUUUCAUACUGAAGAGAGGCCACGAACCCCCAAGCUGCUGCUCCAUCUGCCCGAGCUCUCAUUCCCCUGGCACAGUGUUCCCUGGUGCGUCUCAGACAUGUCCAAGUUGAGCGAGUGGGUUUCAUGUAUUUUGAAUACUUUGUCAGGAGAAAAAUCCUUCAGCUGGUGUCUCGGUGGGAAGUUGCUCAGAGGUCUGCUCCUGCUGUGUCCCUUUGCCAGAGGUUUCAUCCACAGCAUCCACAAUCACGGUCAUUCGUCUUCUGCUUGUCACCCCCUGGGACAAAAGGUUUACUGUUGAUAAGGACUGCCUACUCUGUCCUUUGUUCCCCAGAGCGUUUACCCCUUGGCCCCCUUUCUGUCUUGAGGGACCACACAGAACAGGCCUGCUCCCUCUGCUCUGUGAGCUGGGCUCUGUGAGUUCAGGAGAGUGGUAGCAAUUCACUUGCCCUUUGACCUGUCCUCCUGGUUUUGGUCUCCAGCACGUCCUGUUCCUCUCUCUGGAUGACCACCAGUCUAUCAGUGAUACUCUUAAAGAGAGGUACUUGGGAGGCCCCACUAUUCCAGAUAUGGCCUGGACGGCAGGCCAUAUCUGGAAUAGUGGCCUGCCAGAAAAUGUGAAGUCUCCACAUUUCCCUCUCCAUCCUAGAGUUAACGUUGAGGGGUGUUUGCAUUGGCUGAAAAGACUCAGAGCUCACCAGGCUUCUAGGUGCCAGGCCUCGUGGUGCCUCAGUGGUCUGCCUGGAACCCAGCUGCCUCUUCGUGGUCGGGAGCAAAGACCAGGAAGUGCUGUCUUUGAACCUGAUGUCUCUGGUUUGUGAUGGAAACGAAGGCCAGUUCCAUCCUCACAGGCCUGCCGUGGUCAAAUGGGGCUGACACAGCCCUUCCCGUCCCCGCGAUACAGCCUGCCUAGAGCUGAUUUCCAUUCUGUGGCAACUUGCAGCCUGCCCCCAGGGACUGUGCUGGGGCUCCUUAACUCCCCCGGCCCAUUAUGCUGCGAAACUCUUGGGUAACCUUGCCCUGUCCCUGGAACUGACUCCCAAAUACCAAAUAUACUGUUUCCCAGAAUUGAACUGUCCCCACGAUUUCCCU